GGAUCCCUGAGGGAAGCAAUAUUUAAGGGGGCAGAAAAUAGUCUAAAGGGAGAAUGCGCUCGACUCAAAACUACAGAGGGGCAAGGACGUAAAACCUCUCUCCCGCAUGAAAAAAACUCUGCAGCAGCUCGCAAAUUUCAGCACAGCACACGACACGACACAGCGUUCAGAAGUGCUUCUGCUUUCUCAACUGGGUUCCGAAUCGGAUCCCGUUUGUACGAAAUGACACCUCCGCGGCCGCUCUUAAAAAAAAAUAUAUAUACGUGUUGCCAGGAACUAGCGCUUUCCCACGUUUCCUUUAGGUUUCCGUUCUUUCUCAAGUGGCAGCAGAAAAAACACGGACAAAUGAGCCACAGCGACCACCACCACACCUGCUGCUUCAGCACGGCUCCCAAACAAACGCCCUUCCUUCCGGCCACAGCGCAGCGGGCCCACCCACUUCCGCACCGGUGACCACGCCCCAGAGCCUCGCCUCAGCCAAUGGCCGGCGUCCCUGGGAACGUUACCUUCGGCUAAUCAGCGGCCACGAGCGCACUCCUCGCGAGAGGUGAGGCUGAAGCUGCCUCCGCCAUCUUGAAGAUGGGAGACGGGCGAAAGCUGUGGUCUUUCUGCUAAAGCAAACACCACAACGGGCAGAGUAGUCACCCCCACAGUCAGGUAAUCGCCCCUGUAACUGCUGACCAAAGCCACCGAAAGCGGCGAGCGUGUCGAAGCCGAGCGCAGCGACCCCCGAGAGCCUCCCCCUUCCCCCCCGCCUCCACCUGCUUCCCGGGCAGAAGGGAAGUGUGGAGGGCCGGAAGGAUGGUGCAGUCCUGUUCCGCCUACGGCUGCAAGAACCGAUACGAUAAGGACAAGCCGGUCUCUUUCCACAAGUUUCCUCUGACUCGUCCCAGUCUUUGUAAACAGUGGGAGGCAGCUGUUAGAAGGAAAAACUUCAAGCCCACCAAGUACAGCAGUAUCUGUUCAGAGCAUUUUACUCCAGACUGCUUUAAGAGAGAGUGUAACAACAAGCUACUCAAGGAGAAUGCCGUGCCCACAAUAUUUCUUUGUACGGAGCCACAUGACAAGAAGGAAGAUCUGGAACCCCAAGAACAGCUUCCCUCUCCUCCUUCACCCCCCACUUCCCAGGUUGAUGCUGCUCUCGGGCUGCUAAUGCCUCCUCUGCAGACGCCCGAUAAUCUCUCGGUGUUCUGUGACCACAAUUACACUGUGGAGGACACAAUGCACCAGAGGAAGAGGAUCCACCAGCUGGAGCAGCAGGUGGAGAAGCUCCGGAAGAAACUCAAGACUGCCCAGCAGCGGUGCAGGAGGCAGGAGAGACAGCUGGAGAAGCUCAAGGAGGUCGUGCAUUUCCAGAGAGAGAAAGACGAUGCCUCAGAGAGGGGCUAUGUGGUUCUCCCCCAUGACUACUUUGAAAUUGUUGAAGUACCAGCAUGAAAAAUGAGAUGUAUUAGUGGGACAAGACUACAUGCUCUCUUUUAGCCUACACACAGGAGUUCGUUUGAAAAACUAGCACUUGAUGACUUGUAUAAAAAAAACAGAAUAUUUUUUUAAAAUAAAGUAGUUAUAUAC